AGCAGCAGCCGCAUGUUUCUGUUUGUGUCGAAUCAGCAUCACCCAGUUUGACCCUCGACGACGACGACGACCAGUGCCGUGUGUGAGACACUCACUCAACCGAGAAGACACGAGACACAUGCCAGAAAGUAAUACCGGUUUCAGUACGGGAUGAACGCAAUCGAAUGUUGAUUGACCGAGAGGAAGAGUUCACGUGCUAUCAUUCUAAUUGCUCGAGUUGCAGCGAGGCAUGAUUGCACUGAGAGCUCUGAGAAGCACUAGAUCAAUAGCAUUUAGGAGAAGAACUCGUUGGGACAAAGUCGCCGGUUCCUUUCUAAAUCAUCCUUCAUCGUCUUUAGCUGCGAAGAUGGCAUCGAACAUUUCGGAUCAAAUCUUGAGCACACACGAUGUUGUCAAGAGUGAGUCAGAUCAGAUGCUCUACCGUGGACUAACGCUCAAGAACGGUCUCAGAGUCCUCCUAGUGUCGGACAGCACCACUGACAAAUCCGCGGCCGCCCUCGCUGUUCAAGUUGGGUCUCUGACGGAUCCACGGAACAUCCCUGGACUCGCGCACUUCUGUGAACAUAUGCUAUUUCUCGGCACCAAGAAAUACCCCGCGGAAAAUCACUAUCACGCAUUCCUGUCAAACCACGGAGGUGCGCUCAACGCCUAUACCGCCCUCGAUCACACCUGUUACUAUUUCGACGUGACGCCGGAGAACUUCCGAGAGGCGAGCGACAUAUUCGCUCAGUUUUUCCUCGAGCCUCUCUUCACCCAGAGUUGCACAGAUCGGGAGCUACUCGCUGUCGACAAUGAACACCAGAAGAAUAUCAAGCAGGACUUGUGGAGGAUGUGGAGGCUCCAGGGUGCGACGAGCGAUGCCGAGCACGACUUCAGUAAGUUCGGCACCGGUUCGAAGGAAACUCUGCAUGAUAUACCCUUGAAGGAGGGGAUUGACGUCCGACAGGCGCUGCUGGACUUCCACUCCGAAUACUACUCAUCGAACAUCAUGGUCGUCUGCCUGUACGGAAAGGAGACCUUGGAGGAUCUGACAGAAAUGGCGGUGACUCUAUUCGGAGGAGUGAAGGACAAGGCUAUCGAAGCCCCUUCAUGGCCGAAACAUCCCUUUGGAGAGGCGCAACUGAGAAAACAGAUCAAAAUCGUACCUGUGAAAGAUUCUCGGCAAAUGAUGGUAGUUUUCCCCAUGCCCGACAUGCGGAAAGAGUACAGAAGUAGCCCGAGUCAUUACCUGAGCCAUCUAGUCGGUCACGAAGGCGAGGGCAGCUUGCUAUCUUAUCUCAAGAACAAGGGAUGGGUCAAUUCGCUGUCUGGGGGAGAAGGAUCCGGGGCACGCGGAUUCAGCUUCUUCACCAUAUCUAUGUUAAUUUCUCCCGAGGGUCUCGAGCACGCAGACGAAAUCGUAACCGCGAUCUUCCAGUACCUUGAGCUGCUGCGACAGGAGGGUCCCCAGCAAUGGAUUUUCGAGGAAGUUCAGAAAGUCGGCGAGUUGCACUUCCGAUUCAAAUCGAAGGAGAGUCCAAUCAGAUAUGCAUCUGCCAUCACUGAGUCAAUGCAACUUUUCGAUUGGAAAGACACUUUAUCUGGCGCUUAUAUCGUCCAAGAUUACAAGCCGGAAUUGAUCAAGGAGCUGAUGACUUAUCUGACCCCGGACAAAAUUAGGAUCGGGCUCGUCUCUCAAAACUUCAAAGGCAAGACCGAUCUCGUUGAGAAGUACUAUCACACCGAGUACUGCAUCGAAGACAUCCCCGAUGAGAAGAUAGAAGCGUGGAAAAAAGUUUCUCUCAACGAGAACCUCCACCUGCCGCGUAAGAACGAGUUCAUCUCAACUAAUUUGGUCCUGGCCCAAGAGGAGCCCGAAUACACCUCGAACCCGAACCUGCUCGUCAGCGAAUCGAGCAAUCGCCUCUGGUUCAUGCAGGACAAGGAGUUCAAACUCCCAACGAGCAUCGCUCAAUUCGAAUUGCGGAAUCCCAUCGUUUAUGAAAGCCCUCUUAGCGUGUGCCUGUUGAGCAUGGCGGUCACAUGUUUCUCGGAUGCCAAUAAUGAGUAUUUCUAUCCGGCAACAAUCGCAGGACUUUCCUACGAGCUUAACAGCUCCCCGAAGGGCGUGAGCAUCAAAGUUCGAGGGUACAGUGAGCGGCAACAGGCCCUGCUCGAGAAAGUCUGCGAACGGCUCGUUGGCUUCAAGAUCGAUCCGAAAAGAUUCGAGAUUCUCAAAGAGGCUCUAGUUCGUCGCUUGAAGAAUUUCCGCGCCGAACAGCCCUACCAGCACGCUAUAUACUACUCGAACAUGGUUCUGACCGAGAAAUAUUGGAGUUACGAAGAGCAACUCGCCGCCAUGGCAGAUUGCACGGUGGAAAAAUGCGAUGAAUUCCUUGGAAAAUUCUUGCAACGGGUCUCAGUCGAGAGCCUCGUGUACGGCAACCUGCGCUCGGAGGAAGCGCACAACAUGUCGAACGCGGUCCGACGCAUCCUCAAGAUUGGCGAGCUCUCAUUCGACGAGACUCAGAACUUCCGCGAGCAUAGGUUGAAUGACGGCCAGGUCUACGAGUUCAAUGCGACUAACGAAGUCCAUCCAAACAACUCGGUCAUGACGUUCUACCAAGUGGGCGCUCUGGAUACAGAAGACAUUCAUCGUAUCGCUCUCAAUGAGCUCUUGUGUCAGAUCCUCGAAGAGCCGUGUUACGACGUUCUACGGACGCAGGAACAGCUCGGCUAUAUUGUAACAGGAGGACCAAGACGUAGCCAAGGAACAUAUGGCAUACGCAUCAUAGUUCAGUCCGACAAGAAUCCAACAUUCGUAUCGGAGCGUAUCGAGGAGUUUGUCAAUGGGAAGCUGAAAAAAAUCUUGACCGAGAUGAGCGACGAAGAGUUCGGAAAACACAAAAAAGCCCUCAUCGCCCUGAAGCUUGAGAAACCGAAGCGAUUGACGGAGAAGUUUGCUCAGAUGUGGGGCGAGAUCUCAUCUCGUCAGUACAUUUUCAAUCGGAGGCAAUUGGAGGCCGACGAGAUCGGAAAGCUGACCAAGGACGAAGUAAUCGAUUUCUACACGCGACACGUCGCUCAUGGAGGGUCCGCUCUUAAACAAAUGAUCGUCAAAAUCGAGUCAGAGAGCAGGCCCGGCGAUAGAACCAAGGGGGUGAAAGCGGACUAUACAAUCGAUGACGUCACUAAAUUCAAAGCUACCCACCCCUACAUCGAACGACCGCUCCACCAACCGAAGCUCUGAGAUCUCGAGCUCUCCUCCUGGAAUAGGACCAGCCUCACCUCUUCUUCCUCUCCCGGGAGAAAGGAGGAUCCGAGAGAUCAACAUCAAUUCCAGGGAGCGCCUUGGCUCUACCGGGGUAGCGACCAUGACCUCUAUCGGAACAGAGCUAGCUGGCUCGGAUAUUUUGUUGGGUCAAUUAUAGCGAAUCUGGAUGAUUGUUGUCACGGAUUCGUAGCUCGCCUGAUCGAAUCUCUCACAUGUGCGGUUCGCUCCAGCGUUCUACGGUGCAGUAAGAUGGUCGCGAGGGAGUAUAUAUACGAUAUAUUCAAUAAAGACGUCCAUG